CGCGGCAUGUGGAGCUGGGCUGCGAGGGGGGCGAGUCCGUUUGACCAGCAUCGAUUUCAGCAGCGCUAGUCUACAGUAGGGGACAAGCCUUGAGCACAGUGACAGCGUUUGGGUGACGGCUCGCCUGGACAGCGAGGGGAGAGAAUGAGCAUAGUGGAUUUUGUUUCUACUUGUCGGUACAGCGCAGCAGAAGAAGGGAAGUCACUCCAAACGAUUUUGACAUGAAGAAGGACAUAGACACACUGAUAGCAGAGGAACGCGCUGAAAUCAUCUCUAAAUAUGACAAGGGCAGGCAGGACGGUGUCAAAAUUGACCCAUGGGAGGAUGCUGACUACAGCAUCUUUAAGGUCACUGACCGCUUCGGCUUCCUGCAUGAAGAAGAACUGCCAACACCCAGUGCACUUGAAGAGAAGCAAAAGCAGCAGGAGAUAGAGCGAGUGGAGAAAUGGCUGAAGAUGGUGAAGAACUGGGACAAGUACAGGAACAGUGAGAAGUUGACAAAGCGUGUAUAUAAAGGCAUCCCUCUGCAGCUGAGAGGCCAGGCGUGGGCCUUGCUUUUGGACAUAGAGAAAGUCAGAAAAGAUAAUGACGGGAAAUAUGAGAAAAUGAAGCAGCAGGCUCGGAACUUCUCCACAGAGAUCAAGCAGAUAGACUUAGACGUCAACAGAACCUUCAGGAACCACAUUAUGUUCAUGGACCGCUUUGGAGUCAAGCAGCAAGCACUCUUUCACGUACUAGCAGCUUACUCUGUCUACAACACAGAGGUGAGCUACUGCCAGGGGAUGAGUCAGAUCGCUGCCAUCUUGCUCAUGUACCUGAAUGAGGAAGAUGCCUUCUGGGCUCUGUCCCAGCUCCUCACCAAUGCCAAGCAUGCAAUGCACGGGUUCUUCAUCCCAGGAUUUCCCAAGUUGCACCGUUUCCAGGCCCACCACGAGCUGAUCCUCUCCAAAAUGCUGCCUAAGCUGAAGAAACACCUGGACAAGGAGCAGAUGACAACAGGGAUUUAUACCACCAAAUGGUUUCUACAGUGCUUCAUUGACAGAACCCCUUUCACCCUCACCCUGCGUUUAUGGGACAUUUACAUAUUGGAGGGAGAGAAGAUGCUGACUGCCAUGGCGUAUACAACCCUCAAGUUACACAAGAAGCGUCUGCAGAAGCUUCAGUUGGAGGACCUGAGGGAGUUUCUCCAGGAGCAGCUGGCUGCUUCUUUUUUCCUGCCUGAUGAUGCCGUGAUUGAACAGUUACAGGCUGCUAUGUCUGAGCUACGCAGUAAAAAGCUGUACCAAGCUCCUCCAGCCAAGUCAGAUGAGCUACCAAAGAAACCUCUGGGUCAAGAGAGACCAGUUACCCUACUGCCGCUGCAGCCUGACUCUCCUCUGGAGGUCAAAAUAAAUCUGCAGCCACACAGCCAGCCCAAUACAGAGACCCAGCAAACAGACGGCAUCACUCUACACCAGACCUCUUCUCCUGCAGAGCCCCAAGACUCAAGGGCAAACACACCCUCCUUGCCUUCACCAGAUCCAGUUGUAGUCCACACGCAAAGAACACCCUCUCCCAUAAGGCCUUAUAGAGCACCUCCAUUACCUCCAAAAGCAGACAAACCCUGUGCUGGGGUUGGGUUGGUGAGAGAUGUGAAGGAGCCGCUCCCAGAGUGUAGCCAGGCCAAAGACAGGGGAGAACCGGUGAGCCAGCCUGCAGACCCAGAGGCCAAGGAAGAGUUCGUGGAUUGGCCUCCGCCCUAUGAACCCCCUGCUUUGGAUAUUCUUGCAAUGCAGACUGAGGAAGCCAUGAUGGACCUUCCAGAUCUGCCACCUCCACCUUUCUUUUAUCCGGAGCAGAAUGACCCAACAGCUUUGGGUCGCGUAUCCCCCUGCCGAAGGGCUGGGAUUGGUCAAGACACCCCUCGUCGGUCUCCCUCUCCCUGCUCAGCCUCACCGCUGGUCACUCAAAUGAAGCCGUCUCCAAAACCAUCCCCAAAAUCACCUGCAUCUCAUUACGUCGCACACAAAAAACCUCUUCCCUCAAAGCCCUCCCCUCCCCAUGCCUUCUCCUCCACCUCCUCUCCCAGACUUCCUCCCCCAAAGCCGACCAAGUUCCCAGUCUCUCUCUACGUCCCAGCAUCCGCGGGAGACAGACGGCCCUCCAACACCUCCCAAUAUGACAACCUGUCUGAGGUGGAUGAGGAUGACCGCUACCUGGAGAGGCUGCUGGGCUCCACUCCUGAGGAAGUUCCCAGCAUGCACGGCAAUCCUCUGCAUGCCAUUAACAGAGACUACGACCCAGCUCUCUACCCUCUACCUCCACCUCCUGUCCUCAUCCCUCCUACCCCUUCUCCUGUUCCUCCCUCGCUGUGCGCUCUCCCCAGUUUGCCACAGGAGCCCGAAUAUGACGGAGAGGACAGCUGGGUGGAGGAUUCCAUCAUCCCCCCUCCACCACCUAGUUUUGCUGACAGACUCACUCCCUUCCAGUGUAGCGCUGCCAGCUGUUCAGACACACACAGAGCAACCUCGCCCAGUUACUCUAAGCCUUUCUCCCGGGGCCCCAGGGACCAUUCUGCCUUCCCAGCACCACUGUUGUACACCGGCUCUCCCCCAGGCCACUCCAGGCCCUCGGGACAGCCGCCAGUCGGGGUGCCCUUGGUCCAAUCCAGCCCAGACUUUUGCAGGAUGCCUCCUGGUGGACAGCAGCUGCCCAAAUCAGUGACCUUUUGAAGCAGUGUUGCUAAUUAUGCCAGUAUGAUUCGGACUCUGUUAAUGCUUGAGUCGUUUUCAAAGCCAUCUUAGGCCAGUAGCUACUCAGUGUCAAAGAUUUCUGUGUGUUAAUGUGUGUGUGUGUGUUUGUGUGUGUGUGUGUGUGUGUGUGUGUGUGUGUGUGAGAAAGGACUUUCCUCAUUGGUAUGUACAGAUUUCUGUGAUACUCGCACCUUUUUUGUAAGGGCAGUUAACUUUUCUAAGUCUCAAACUUGUAUUUAAAACUGCUGUCUGUGUUACUGUUUGCUGCACAAAAAGCGAGUGUAUUAACCGAGACCAGAUUUGUUUUUCAAUUUGAAGGAUGGUAAUGAGAUAUUUACACCAAAAUACGGUGAUGUAAUACCAGCUACGUAUUUCACCAUUGCUUUAUCUCCAGUUAGUUUAAUUUUGCUCCAACAAAGUGUCUUAACCUGAUCACGGUGCACUGAGGAUAAGCAACUCUAACACAAGGGCUUUUUGAGGCUGCAGCGUAAAGUCAUCUUUGCUAAAGCACCCAGAGCCUAUACAUUUAUACUGCAUUUAUGGUAAACUGUGAGCAGGCUCACACAUCUUAAAUGUCAAACUAUAAUAAGAGACUGUUAACAUAACACAGUUUCUUUACUGUAGGUCAAUACUUGAUCUCAAAGGACCACUAAACCAGGCUGCACCAAAGCAGUUUGCUUACAAACUUUUAAAAGGAUUACUCAAGUUGAGACCACCAGCAGCAGCAGCAGGGAAGACGGCGGUGCAAUAUGUCACUGGUGUAAAUACUAUAGAGUUUCAGGCAGGUAGCAGUGGGUACUCUGUGGGUAUUUUGCUGCUUUUUCAAGUUUUAAAAUGUUUUGUUGGGAUGCUGUCAGUUUCAAAGAAAAAUUUUCAGUGUUAUACUGGUUUGUCUGACACUUGAUUUCACAGCAAUAACGUACUGUUUCAUGUAUAUAUGCAUGCACGUAUCAAGGUUGAAUACAAUGGAAAUAUAAGACUAAGAUGAGGAUAUUAUGAAUACAACAUAUUGGCAGUGCAGUCUGAUUUACAGUAAUUCAUGACACAUAUUUAUGAAGAGCAGCUCCCUCUAGUGCUUGGACAUGUUACAGAGUGACAGUGACUCUAAACUGAAGUCCUUUUAUUAUAGAACACAUCCAGCGACAACAUCCUUUUUUAGUCCUGGCCAUGACAUAAAUGCUACCUGUGAUACCUGUUUAUGAAUGUGCACGUAGUAAGCUAGACUUCAGAAAUCUAUGACAGACUCCUUAUCACAUCAUUCUAGAUUGUCACAGACUGGGGAGAGAAGUGAAUGAAUCAAAGCUAAAUUUCUUCAUAUGCACAGCCAUAACUUAGAGCCACUUAGAGUGACUUUAUUGUCAAAUUUGUUUUAGUUGUGUAGAGAAAAAUUCUUGCGAAAUGGAAGUUGAGCCAUAAUAUACUGUACAAGGACCUAAUAGUAAAACAUGUUUAUAUUGUUGUUUCAUUCAGUUAUACUGUAUAUUACAUUAUAUACUGUGUCUCAACAUCAGUUUGUUUUUUUGCACUGACCUUUGUUAUUACCAAGAGGUUUUGCAAUUGUGUGUAAGUAUUCAGUUGUUUUCCAAUGGAGUUCCAGGUUAAUGCUAAAGAAACAUAUUUCAUUUUAGCCAGAGAUGUUAACAGAUGUUUAAUGGCUUGUUCAUGAGCUUUGGUCUGGCUGCUGUGAUUCAUACUCAAGAACUUGGAUCUUGGCUUUCACACAAGUAUGUCUGGCUUGCUGGAGUAUUUUUAGUCAUGUGACCCAACCGCCAAUUGUACAUCACUGCUCCUUUUAUGGAUCUGGUUGACAUCAGUGAUGCUAGGGCUCAGACCAAAGCUUGUGUACAUAUAUGCAUCUACUUAUUUGAGUUUUAUAAAGAGAUAAACCUGAA